AUGAGCAAGUUGCAAGCGCUCGAAGAAAAGGUCCAGGUCAUACCAAAUAUGAUACGCUCAUCAAUUACCCUGCUAGAUCAUUUGGUCACACUGAGCAAAGCCUUGUGUGGAAGCGGAAUGUAUGACGAACUUGAGCAGGAGGAAGUGAAACAGUCAUUGGACGCCAUGCGUACGCGCGCUGACGGGUAUCUGGCGACCUCGGUCGCUUUGGAAACUAGGAUCAAUGGCAUCUUCAAGUUGGUCUCGAACGCAAUGAUUCUUCGGACUCAAACAACUACUGCUGACAUAAACCAUCACGCCCUUGACUUGACGAAGGAGUCAAUUCAAGACAACUCCGUCCUGAAGCUGGCUACACUUGCUACACUCUUUUAUCUACCGGGUAGUUUCGUCGCGGGUAUCUUUGGAAUGAACUACUUUGAUUUUGGAGAUGGAGCGAAGAUUGAGAUAGCAAGUAACUUUUGGAUCUAUCUGGCAGUCACAAUCCCUUUAACCAUUCUGACGGGCAUGGCGUGGUGGUUGGCGGUCAGGCAUCAGAAAAACAAAGCGCAGGCCCACAGCUUAGACAAUUUGGAAAAGGCUUGAGCAUUCAUUGGUAUGGCGCAAUUAGUCAACAUCUUCUGGCAG